UGAUCCACACUCCUCUCUUCUUCCUUCUCUUUAAUCAACAAAAGCAAACAAACCGAAAAAAGAUCAUUCAUUCCAAUCUCCAUCGUACUCACACGCACGUUACAGAACCAAAAAAAUGCUUGCAGUUCUCCACAAAUCGGUGGCUAAAUGCCCUGAAGCAUUACUGCAGAACACCCAACCUCAAUCUGUUUCCGCCCUCAAAGACGGAUUCUUGGCGAACCAUUUCUCCUCCGUGCACCCCGGCUCCGUCGUCAUCAAUCUUGCUUCUUCUGGUUUCAUUGCCUAUUCUUCUGAUAGACAGAACCCUCUUUUGCCCAGACUUUUUGCUGUUGUUGACGACAUAUUCUGCUUGUUCGAAGGCCACAUCGACAAUGUUGCACAUCUUAAGCAGCAGUAUGGCUUAAGCAAGACAGCGAACGAAGUAAUCAUUGUUAUUGAGGCUUACAGGACUUUGAGGGAUAGAGGUCCUUAUCCCGCUGAUCAAGUCGUGAGGGACAUUCAAGGGAAAUUUGCGUUCGUUCUGUUCGACACAACUUCAAAAGCCACAUUUAUUGCUUCUGAUGCUGAUGGGAGCGUACCCUUCUUCUGGGGAACUGAUUCCGAAGGUAAUGUUGUUGUUUCUGAUGACAGUGAAGUUGUAAAGCAAGGUUGCGGCAAAUCUUUUGCUCCAUUUCCCAAAGGAUGCUUCUUCACAUCCUCUGGUGGCCUGAGGAGUUAUGAGCAUCCAGUAAAUGAGUUGAAGGCUGUGCCAAGAGUCGACAGUUCUGGGGAGGUGUGCGGUUUAACUUUUAAGGUAGAUGAGGCGUCACGGAAAGAAAAAGCUGGAAUGCCUAGAGUUGGUAGUGAUGCGAAUUGGUCCCAGAACUAUUGAAGUGACAUGAUAAGAUAUCCCUCACUGCAAAGUUUUCGUUAUUACUUGGCCUUGCAUUUAACGUACCCUUUAUUAUGGGGAUCUUGAUGACUUCUUAUUACGGAUGUGAGCUUUAUGAAUCUUAGUAGUACUGUGAUCGAGUUUAUGUAGCUGUAAAGGAAUGUUUCCGGUGUUCUGUUUCAGAUUCACACUCCCAUGCUAAGCUAUUUUAAUGGUCUUGAAUUAUGCAUAA